AUGGUCUCAGAGUGGCGACAUGCGUGGCUUUGCCUGAUCCUGAAGGCGGGAAAAACGGGACACAAGGCUGAGGAGUACCGCCCGAUCGGGCUCACUGAUCCGGUUGGCAAGGCUGUUCUUGGCGCCGUGUACCAACAACACCACCACGCAGUCUAUAACUCCGUGGCGCAGUAUCCGCAAUUUGCGUACCUGCCCCGGCGUGGUGUCCCUCAGGCCCUUAUGCGUGCUUUUCAGCAUCUCGACCAAGCUCGGGAGGUCGUGGCACAACAACGUCUUACCCUGCAGCAGCGACAUGCAGGCCAACGCAGGCAGCAGCUGGCAGGAGCCAUCACGGUUUCUCUCGACCUCAGCAAAGCUUUUGACUCCCUGGAACCUGAGUUCAUGCAUCAGGCUCUUGAAAUGAGUUGCCUGCCACCGGAGGUGUGUCGACUGAUUGAGAACUGGCAUCACGGGAUUAUAUACCACAUUGAGCACGAACAGUGCCGAGCCCAGAUCAACUGCAAUAGAGGGAUUCGUCAGGGUUGUGCGAUCUCUCCCCGAGUGUGGUCACUCUUUACCAUACUCAUCAUGAGUGAGAUGGGGCCGGAGUGGAGCCAGCGCCAUAGCACAUGGUUUGCGGAUGACACGCUGUUUCAGGCAUUGGUUCACUCCGAGACUGAGCUGCAUCAGCAGCUUAAGGCGAUCUCCAAGGCCUUGUGGGUGCUGCAAAAACUGGGCCUUUCUAUUGCCUCCACCAAGUGUGCGGUUCUGCUACAUCUUGGCGGCACAGCCGCCCAACGAGUCCGUGCCAAACUUGUGAGCACCCACAACAAAAAGCCGCACAUCACCUUUCAGCACGAGGACCAUGUGUGGCGGCUGCCGCUCGUCUCUAAGCACGACUACCUCGGCGCCACUCUCAGCUACAGUCGCAUGGAGGAUCUCACAGCUACCAGACGUAUCCAGGCGGCUCAGACUUCCUUUGAUCGUCUCAAGCCAGUGCUCACCCACAAAGGUCUCUCGCUUUUCAUGCGUCUUCAGAUUUGGCAGGCAUGCGUGGUCAGCAGUCUCCUUUAUUCGCUACCGCAAGUGGGAUUGACACCUAGCGCUGCCCAGCGAGUCUCCGUGAUCUUCUACAGGAACAUCGUCUAUGUGACCCGAUCCACAGUGCCCGAUUGGUUGUCCAACUACAGCAAAUUGUUACUGAUAGGACCACCGACCUGCCCCAGCAGGCACCCAGUGAAUUCCCGUGUCCACAAUGCUGGACUGCAGCCCUCGCAUUAUCUCUCCUGGAAAGAGGUGGACCGAUUUGAGCAUGGAACUGAAGGGUGCCAGCAGACGUUGAUACUGCAGCUGGCCCAUGUCAUGCGCACGCUUGAACAGCAUGAGCCCUGGGAUGCUAUGCAACAGUGCCCAUAUCUGCAGGAAGAGCUUCUGCACCAUUGUCUUGUUUCCGCUCGUGUUCCUGCGCCCCGGGAGCAGCAACAUCUCGUGCUGCAGAAUGGCGAUAAAGUGCCUGUUGCCAUUGCUGUGCCCGUGCAAUCGAGCAAGGGCAAGGGCAAAGGCCUGGGCAAGGGGAAGGGCCAAGGAAAGGGCAAGGGCAAGUGGCCACAGUGGACAGCAUCCACUUGGGACACUCCUUCGUGGCCAAAUGCGCAGGGCCUGAAUGUCGAGGCCGCCAUCUAUGCCAUGGCAAAGCUGUGCCUGAGACAGGAGACGGAACUCAGCGAGCUUCGGCAGGAGAAGUCCUUCAUGCUCCGCGUCAGCGCUGGACCCCACGGCAUCCUCAAGCCACUGAUCCAGGCCUCGCUGAAAUGGAACGAGCUCCGAGAUCAGAUGAAGGUCGACUGCAGCCUGAAGUCCGAGCUCUUCAGCCUGAUGAUCAAAGAAACCGCGGCACGGAUGAUGAAGUUCGAGCAGACGCCGGAAAGCAUUGCGGGGGCGGAGAAGGCCAAGUGGGUGACCAACCAGCCGCUGACCUGGCUCUACCAGAAAUGGGAUCCGGAAGCACAUCUCCUUGUCCUCGACACGAGCCGAAAGGGUAUGCAGCAUCAGGAUGUCAAGACUCUGCUGGACACAAUGAUUGUAGCCUUGAAGGAGGACCCCGAGGCUCUGAACCAGUUCACGGCCAAGCGGAGACUGACGGAGAGCAUGAGCGGCGCCUCUGUGGCGUUCAAGGUGACGGUGGGCCUUCGGAGUCAACAGUGCCAGAUCCUGUACGAUGCCUUUGCGAAGCUGGCUGGGCUAGCAGUCUUGCAGCUCAUAGCCGCCAACAUGCACAAGGAGAGGCAGAAGCACGGCCGCGAAGCAGAGGAGGAGGGCAUGCCACAUGGAAUGCUGGGGGCGCUUGGGACUAGACUGCAGGCCUUGCUUACCACUACUCGGCCUGUCGUGCUUCGAGAUCUGCCCAUUAUUCAGGAUAUGAUGCGAUGGUGGGCGCACCCCUUUAGGCAGCAUGACAUUGCAGAGUUCUUCUCACAUUUUGUGUCCUUCUGCUGUAUGCCCUUCGGUCAGGCGUGCUGGGAGGCAAGAGAUAUCAGGGGCCCAGCGCUUCAUGUGCUGGAUGAAGGCACGCUCCAAACACCGAUCCCCCUCCACAUUCCUGCAUCUCGUGCAGAUGAACAGCUGAGCACUCUUCAGGAUUGUGUUGAGCAAUUCUUUCGGGGACAACGCUGUGGUUGUGCGCUUGCCUCAGCAGCGCCACUUCUCUGUUUUCAGCUGAAAAGGUAUGUGUUCAAUGAACGCACUGGUGCAGUGCGCAAGCUCGCAACGCCAAUCAGAUUCGAUGAGCCGUCACUGCAGGUGCCCAUCUGGGAGGAUGAGAGCACGUUGCGGAUCAAAUAUGUGCGAUACCAAGUCAAUGCAAUAGCUUUUCAUGAAGGCCGCACACCAUAUGCCGGCCACUAUCGCACAUGCCUCCUCCAUCAGGGGUGUCACUUUGUCACUGAUGACAACACGGAGGCGCGAAGGACAGAUCCUCAGAUGCUCCAAGUGGUUCAGUCCAACUCGUACCUGUUCUUGUGCACUCUCCAGCCUGCGUCCGCAGAACAACUGGUCAAGAAGUCGAAGCAGCCUGAUGACAAGGACAAGAAGAGGGUGAUCAAGAUCGAUGACGAAGGUGAAAAGAAGGCAGAUGAUAAAGGAAAGGGAGAUGAAGGAAAAGGCGAAAGCGGUGCUGGUUCAAGCAAGGACCAUGAGAGAAAGGAUGAGAAAAAGAGCACCAAGACCAAGGAUGAAAGGAAAGGCGAUAGGAAGAAAGACGAUCGCAAGAAGGAGAAGAAAGAGGACAAAAGGAAGACGGAGAAGAAGAAGCCUGAGAGUCCCGAGAAGAAAGGGACCGAUGGCAAUGAAAAUCUGGAAUAA